ACCCAGCAUAGACUUUUUCUGCUCCACACCACAACGCUGCUUUCGAGAGUCUGCUCCUGCUGCUAUUUAGGGGGGUUCCUUUGUCCGAGACGUUUGCUUGGGAUUUUUCUGCCAUUCCGGACUUUCUGGUUUGGAAGAGGAACUCUCCCAUCCUGGAUUUCUUUUUGGGGAGACAUUGGAGUCUUUGUCCUGGGAGGAGGACAAACCGGGUUGUUUCCACUUAAAAGUAUCGUGUGGAUGGUCUUCCCAGAACAAUCCAACGUCCCGAAAAGUUGCGAGGAUUCCUAUUGUUGCAAAGAAGGUCUCUUUUUUUUGGAGGGGGAAGGGGAAUCCAUAUUUUCUGCCCCGAUUUCAGGGGUCCCCAGCCUGCAAAAAGUGACACAUCGCAGAGAAAAGGUAUUGUCUGGACCGAAGACAAUACCUUGUGGAGAAGCAAGCCAUACAGACCUCUGGAAGUUCCUCCAAGGCAGGAGUUUGCUGAACAGUUUUUAAUUUUGCGUUCUGUGCGGGUUGCUUUGUGUUGUUGAAUUUUUAUUUUAUCUUCGGCGGAGCAAAACGCGCAUAUAUUCCGCACCAGGAUUUAGUUUUUUUGGGGUGUGCGUUGCAAGGAAUCUCUAGGCGUCUCGACCAUGUUUGGAAUCACUGUUUCAUGACCCCACGAACUGGGUUUCUUCGAUUUGAUUUCUCCCUCCCCAGGAAUAUUUUUCCCGCUGCUGUGGAUCCAGAGAUUCUCCUCCUCCUCCCGUUUGGAUUCAUUCUGGCGUUCCUGGAGCGAUGGCUGGCUGGCUCCUCUGCUUCUGGAUCCCCUUCGCCCUGACUGCGGAAGAGAGUCUUAUGAACACCAAGCUGGAGACGGUUGACCUUCGAUGGAUGACCUACCCUGCGGAUGGCCAGUGGGAGGAGCUGAGUGGUCUGGACGAGGAGCAGAACAGCGUCCGCACUUUUGAGGUGUGCGGCGUCCGCUCUCCGAACCAGAACAACUGGCUGCGCACCACCUUCGUCCCUCGCUCGGGGGCCACGCACGUCUACGCCGAGCUCCGCUUCACGGUGGUGGAGUGCUUCUCCAUCCCGCAGGUCACGCGCUCGUGCAAGGAGACCUUCAACGUCUUCUUCUAUGAGGCAGACCGCGACCUGGCCACCGAGUCCUUCCCGCCCUGGAUGGAGAACCCGUACGUCAAGGUGGACACGGUGGCGGCCGAGCACCUGACGCGCAAGCGAGCGGGCAUGGAGGCCUCUGGGAAGGUCAACGUCAAGACCCUCAAGAUCGGGCCGCUCUCCAAGGCCGGCUUCUACCUGGCCUUCCAGGACCAAGGAGCUUGCAUGGCCCUGCUCUCAGUCCGCCUCUUCUACAAGAAGUGCCCCGCCGUCACCGUCAACUUCACCCUCUUCCAGGAGACGGUGCCCCGCGAGCUGGUCAUGCCCGUGGCCGGCCGGUGCAUGCCCAACGCCGUCAAGGUCAGCGCCCGGCCGCUCAGCAUGUACUGCCGCGAGGACGGAGAGUGGGCCGAGCAGACGGUCACCGACUGCACCUGCGCGGCCGGACACGAGCCGUCCGAGGAGAACACCAAGUGCCGAGCCUGCCCUGUGGGGAUGUUUAAGUCCUCUCAGGGCGAGGGCUUUUGCCAGAGCUGCCCGGCCUUCAGCCAAUCAAACACCCCGGGAUCGAGCGGGUGCCCCUGCCGCAAUGGAUUCUACCGGACGGAGAAGGACCCCGUGACGAAGCCGUGUGCUAAAGGCCCGUCCAAGCCCCGUAGCCCCGAGGCCAAGAUCAACGGCUCGGUGGCCGUCCUGAAGUGGAGCGAGCCCCUCGAGAACGGCGGCCGUGACGACGUGGCCUACCACGUCACCUGCUCCGAGUGCCCCGAGAAGCAGCCUUGCCGGCCCUGCUCCCGCCUGGCUUACGCCCCCCGAUCCAGGGGCCUGUGGGAGCGCUCGGUCACCGUGGAGGGGCUGCAGCCCUACAUCAACUACCUCUUCCGGAUCCAGGCCGUCAACGGCGUCUCCGAGAUGAGCCACAACCCGCCGGCCUCAGAGUCCAUCAACGUGACCACCAACAAGGACGUCCCCCAGCCCGUCUCCGAGAUCCAGCAAAUGUCUGCCAGCUCCAGCGCGGUCACUUUGACUUGGCCUCCCGUCCAGCCUCCGACUGGGAGCAUCCUGGACUACGAAGUCAAGUAUUACGAGAAGAGCGGCGGGGGCACCAUGUUUGUGAAGACAUCAGAUAACCAGGUGACCCUGAGCGGCUUGCGGCGAGGGGCGAUGUACGGGGUUCAAGUCCGCGCCCGCUCAGAGGCCGGGUACGGAACGUUUGGGCCUGAGAAGGCCUUCCAGACCCAGGGAAUGGAGUCGGGAAGCAGCACAGAGAAGCUGGCCCUCAUUGUGGGAACAGCGGCGUUGGGCGCACUCCUGGUCCUGGCAGUGAUCAUUGUGGCCAUUGUCUGCUUCCGCCGCCAGGGGUCGUCCAGGUCACGGGAGCAAGAAUACUCCGACAAGCCUGGGCAGUACCUGAUUGGACACGGCACCAAGGUCUACAUCGACCCUUUCACCUACGAAGACCCAAACGAGGCUGUGCGCGAGUUUGCCAAAGAGAUCGACGUCUCGUACGUCAAGAUUGAGGAGGUCAUUGGCGCAGGCGAGUUUGGGGAGGUGUGCCGCGGCCUCCUGAAAGUGCCCGGGAAGAAGGAGAUCUACGUGGCCAUCAAGACCUUGAAAGGCGGCUACACCGAGAAGCAGCGGCGGGAGUUCCUCAGCGAGGCCAGCAUCAUGGGGCAGUUUGAGCACCCGAACAUCAUCCGCCUGGAUGGGGUCAUCACUAGCAGCGUCCCCGUCAUGAUCGUCACCGAGUUCAUGGAGAACGGAGCCCUCGACUCCUUCCUCCGGCUGAACGACGGGCAGUUCACCCCCAUCCAGCUGGUGGGGAUGCUGCGGGGGAUCGCGUCUGGCAUGCGCUACCUCUCUGACAUGAGCUACGUCCACCGGGAUUUAGCCGCCCGCAACAUCCUGGUCAACAGCAACUUGGUCUGCAAAGUCUCCGAUUUCGGCCUGUCUCGCUUUCUCGAGGAGAAUUCAUCCGACCCCACCUACACCAGUUCGCUGGGCGGGAAGAUCCCGAUCCGGUGGACGGCCCCAGAAGCCAUCGCCUUCCGCAAGUUCACCUCCGCCAGCGACGUCUGGAGCUACGGGAUCGUCAUGUGGGAAGUCAUGUCAUUCGGGGAGAGGCCAUACUGGGACAUGUCAAACCAGGAUGUGAUAAACGCCAUCGAGCAGGACUACCGGCUACCGCCCCCUACGGACUGCCCCACUUCGCUGCACCAGCUGAUGCUCGACUGCUGGCAGAAGGAUCGCAACACCCGGCCCCGCUUUGCCCAGAUCGUCAACUCGUUGGACAAGCUGAUCCGGAACCCAGCCAGCCUCAAGAUCGUCUCGCGGGGGAACGGAGGGCCGUCCCACCCCCUCCUGGACCAGCGCCUGCCCCACUACUCCUCCUUCGCAUCUGUCGGCGACUGGCUCCGCGCCAUCAAAAUGGGGCGCUAUGAAGAGAAUUUCGCCGGCGCCGGCUUCACCACCUUCGAGCUGGUCAGCCAGCUCUCCACCGAAGACCUCCUCCGGAUCGGCGUGACAUUGGCCGGGCAUCAGAAGAAAAUCUUGACCAGCAUUCACAACAUGCGCGUUCAGAGCAAGUCCGGCUCCUCCUUGGGACCCUACUGACCGCGGAGGAAGGAAACAGACCAAAAUUAUUGCGUUUUGACUGCUCUUCCCCCCCCCCAAAUCCCCAGGAAUCAAACAGUGAUGAUUGUGGCCUCUUGACUUGGGACAUCAACUGCCUCCCUCCUUCCUGGAGCUCAUCUCUCUUAUUUUUCACUUAUUUUUCAGUUUUGGAACAGCAUAUUCCGUGGGGAAUAAUUUGGCUUUCUCUCUCUCCCCCACGUAUCCUCUCAUCCUUUAGCACGGAAAGGGAUGGAAAGAUAUUUAACUGUUCAAGCGCGAUGAGGGUAGCCGUUCUUGUCCGUCCUUUUUUGCCGGGCAAGUCGCCACAAACGGCCACUCCCGGGGCGAGGAGUCGCUCUCGCUGCCCGCCAGGCCUCUCUUCAAGAUGGCCGACCGCAGUGGCAACAAAGGGGGCCGCCAAACCCCCAGCGUCUUCCGUCCCCGUCGUUUCAUGGGCCGCUGAAACGUCCGAGAUCUCGGCGCCUUCGCAUGACCUUCCGUGGUUCCGAAGCUCCUGAACGUUGGAAAAGCCAAAGAUGGCCUCCCGUCGGCCAAGUUUCCCAUGCUGCGGUUCACGUCGCAAAAUGGCCGCCCUCCCGCUGUCUUCCGGAGCGGCAGGCCUGUUCGUUGGAGAUUGCAAGGUGGCUGCCUGGUAGGAGGAAUGAGGCGGCCGCUGAGGGAAGGAAAGGGAAAUGAAAUGCCUUUGCCACCUGGCUUUCAAGAUGGCCACCCCUUUCUGCUCGGUGGCAACAUUUUCGAAAUGGAGGCUGUUGGAUCGCUGUCUUUCUGCCAUUUGGGGGUGUGCUUAAAAAAACUUUGGCUCCCCAUGGUGCUGUCCUGUAUGGAGGAUUUGUGUGGGGUGAUCACCAGAGGCCUUAUACAAUUUGUCGUCCGUCCUUUUGGGGUGACGGGAGGGUGGCCACCCGUGCUACCGAUUUCUGAAAAUGGGAGCCCUUACUUGAAUCGAAAUGGACAUAUUCCAUUAUAAUAUAAUAUAAAGGGACGGGGCUUGGGGUUCCUGCACACUUUGAUGUGCAGCCCCUGACUCUCCACGUCCCGAAAGCCAAAGAGGGACUAUCAUUGGCAUGCCGCGGGGCAGUGCCGCCUGCGCCAGAGUGCAACUUGUCGCCACAUCCCUGCAAAGCCAGAGGGAAACGGCAGCUAUGUAGUGAUGUCAUCAGAAGCAGGGGCUUUCAAGGACACGCAUGCCACAGAGAAGGGUUAAACCGCCGCGUUGAAAUAACCAUAUGACAAUCAGAAGACUCUGCACUUUCUGAUGAUGUCGCUGUGAUGAUGUCACAGAAGGGGAAAGCGAAGCUUUUGCUCUGGGAUAUCUCGAGCUGCCUUUUUAUGGCUUUCGCCACUAGAGUCCAAUAAUACCCUGGAGACUGUUAAGGGAUGUCCCGGGCACUUGGGCUGUGAUGUCAUCGUGGCGCAAGAGCAAGACCUGGCCGUUCUCUCUGUGACGUCAUCUCCGUGCGACUGCGGGUGCCGGGAGAACUGGCGGCAGACGCCGAAGCCGGCGGAAGGAGACGAUGCCUGGUUUCGCUCUCUUAAUGACAUCGAAACAAAGUGCCUCCGGGAUAAAGUGUGGGCGCUGAGAGGUGAUGUCAUGGGAACAGGCCCGUGAUGUCGUUACAAAGCGCUUCUCCUUUUGUAUCAUUUUGUUAACCUUCAUAUUGAAGGUGGUGAUUUUGCUUUUUAUUAAAAAAAAAUAUAUAUG